AUGGAAAAUAGAAAUCUCCGCUACCAAGACUUUUUGACUCUUAAAGUUGAUACGAAGCACAAGCAUAAUAAUGGUGAAUUUUUAUGAGAGGAAGUUAAAACAGCAGGUCCUCAUCCUAGCCGCAGAAGCUAUCAUUCUUCUGUUAUGUGGAACCAUAAGAUGGUUAUAUCUGGAGGACAAGAUUUAAGGGAAGGCACACAGUCUGGAAUCUGGGUUUUUGAUUUUAAUAGUAUGGAUGAGGAACACUGGCUCCACCUUCAUGAGCAAGCAAAAAAAUUUCGUUCGCUCACGGAAGGUUUUGAAAAAUUUAUAUAUAAUUUUAUAAAAUUGUUUUUCAAAAAUUUAAAACAAUUGAGAAGUAAAAAUUAAUUUAAUUUACAAAAUUUAUGUUUUAAAAUGCAAGUUGCUUAAAAAUAAACAGGAUUAGCUAGAAAUUUCAUUAUAAUAAUUAUCACGUAUAUAUCAAUUUUUUUUUCAUAAGAAAAAUUUUUAUUGCUCACGGAAGGUGAGCUUUUAUGCAAAAAAUAGGGAUUUUUCCAAAGGUUUUGUUCGCUCAUGGAAGGGGGAGUGAGAAGAAUUGAAUAUUAUUGGAAUUGGGGUAUUUUGUAGGCACAGCAGUGUGAUAUAUCGCGAUAAUUUAUACAUUUUUGGCGGAACAGAUGGCAUAAAUGAGUUUGAUACUACAUGAAUAAUUGAUUUAAAUACUUUGCAGACUAGAAAGCUUGAUCCUCAAACCCUUGGCUUGCCGCCACCUCUUGAUUCACAUACCGCUACUUUAUAUGAAAAAGAUGGACUUUCCCAAAUGGUUGUAUUUGGAGGCUUUAAAUAUUCUGAAAGAACAAAUGAUUUAUAUAUACUGAAUUUAUCAUCAUUAGAGUGGAGAAAAAUUAGCACAAAUAAUGGUCCUGAGCCAAGAUCCAAUCAUAGUGCAGUGAUUUAUAAUGAUUUUUUAUUUAUUUUUGGAGGACUAAAUGGCGAAGGAGAACAAAUAGGAGAUUUUUGAAAAUUAAAUUUAAACACUUAUAAUUGGCAGUCUAUCCAGGCGGGUGGGCAGAUCCCAGCUGCAAGAUCAGGACACUCUGCAAUUGUGUAUAGUGAUUUAAUGGUAAUUUUUGGCGGGACAAAAUGUGUAAACAGAGAAACAAAUGAAAUGUUCUCUUAUAGUUUUGAAAAUAAUAUGUGGGUAAGGUUCCAAGAUGAGCAGCAGGUAAAAGAUCCAGUUUCUGCGGCACAGUUGGAAGAAUUUAAGCACAGUGAAACAUCUCCUCAUAGAAGACAUACACUAAAUAUAGCUAUUGGGCCUAAAAAAGAUGGAAAAAAAGAAGCUUCACCUACAAUAGAGAGAUUUGCAAUGAAGAAAAAGCUGCUUUAUGAUGGGCCUCCAAGUCCUGUAAAAGGAAGGGUAAAAGGAAAUGCUCCUCACCAAAGAGAUGGACACUCUGCUGUUAUAGAUGGGAAUAUUAUGUAUAUAUUUGGAGGGGACAGACACCAAAUGCCAUUUAAUGAUAUCUAUGCUUACAGGCUGUCAAAAGAUAUUAUAAGUAGGCCAGGCGAAAUAGACUUAAAAACUUCAUAAAUAUUUAAUUAUAAGCAUUAUAAUUUAUGCACCAUAAUAGAUCGCUAUAUCCCAGCAGAGUACUGAGCAGAAUAAAUAUUGUUCAGGUCACCUUCCUUAUACAGUCUAAGUCUGAUUAGGCAUCUUAAAGCCUUCAACGGAGAUUUGUCAUUUCCAUUUUUACUUUAUAAAAAGCUACAAAUUCAAAUUAAUUUUGAAAAUUAAAAUGGAUGAUCAAUAAUGAUCUAAAUAUUUCAGGGGCCA